AUGUACAACGCUCAUCGCGGGAUGGUGCCCGCUCCCAACUCCCGUCUGACGGAGUUGCUGGAUCAACUGCGCCAGGAGUUUGAGAGCCAGUCGCGAAACACCGGUGAAUUUGAGCAUCAGUUGACUGGUCAACUCCAGGAGAUGGAGAUGAUCCGUCAGAAGGUCUAUCAACUGGAACAGGCGCAGAUCAAAAUCAAGCAAGACUACGAAGCUGAGAUUCGAAUGCUGCGACAUGAACUUGAGUCGCGCGGAGUGCAAACCAUCCCUUCCCAUAUCGGCGGACCCGCUGCGGCUCAUACAGCUCCUGCCCAGGCUCCCCCACCUGCCUUGGGCCACGGCCCCAGCAAUCUGUUUGGCGGUAUCAUGACCAACCCACCAGGUAGUGGCCCCGGUCUUGCACCUUCCCUCCCCCAGGAUCAGCAGCCUCCCCAGCAUCCCCUUCAACAGCCUGCUUCGGUCGCUCAGCCUGGCGCGCCGCAACCCCAGCAGAGCUCCUUUGGAGGAUACCCGGCUGGCGCUGCUGUGAACGGCUAUGGGCCUCCUCCGCCUCCCACUGCAUCCCCAGGUCCCGGUAAGGGCCGUGGCCGCGUUCCCCCAGGCCCCGGUACUCCCCAGCAAACGCACAUCGCCUACCCGGAUCCUCGUGCAUCCCCCCAGAUCCCUCGCCCAACUCCUCCGAACCCCCCUCUCGGCCGCACAGCUGAACGUCCGGGAAACAUGCUGGCAAACUGGAACCCCGAUGAUUUGCCUCCGUCGCAGAAGCGCGAGGGUUCCGAUUGGUACGCCGUGUUCAACCCUGAGGUCCAGCGUGUACUUGAUGUGGAGCUGGUGCAUCACUUGAAUCACGAUAGCGUCGUUUGCUGUGUGCGCUUCAGCCGUGAUGGCAAGUACUUGGCUACGGGCUGCAACCGCUCGGCUCAAAUCUUCGACGUGACCACCGGUCAGAAUGUGGCCACUCUUCAGGAUGAGAACGUCGAUAAGGACGGCGACCUGUACAUUCGCAGUGUUUGCUUCAGUCCGGAUGGCAAAUAUCUUGCGACUGGUGCUGAGGAUAAGCAGAUUCGGGUUUGGGAUAUCAACCAGCGCACCAUCAAGCAUAUCUUCAGUGGACACGAGCAAGACAUCUACUCUUUGGACUUUGCUGGCAAUGGUCGAUUCAUCGCCUCUGGCAGUGGAGAUAAGACCGUGCGCCUUUGGGAUAUUCUCGAUGGCAAGCUUGUCUACACCCUUAGCAUUGAGGAUGGUGUCACUACUGUGGCCAUGUCUCCGGAUGGCCGUUACGUGGCUGCGGGUUCGUUGGACAAGAGCGUGCGCGUCUGGGACACUACCACUGGAUACCUGGUGGAGCGCCUGGAGAACCCAGAUGGCCACAAGGACAGUGUCUACUCGGUCGCGUUCGCGCCCAAUGGCCGUGACCUUGUCAGUGGCAGUCUGGACAAGACUAUCAAGCUCUGGGAGCUUACCGUUCCCCGGGGCAUGCACCCUCACAGUGCCAUCAAGGGCGGCAAGUGUAUUCGCACAUUCGAGGGCCACAAGGACUUUGUUCUCAGUGUGUGCCUGACACCCGACGGUGCCUGGGUGAUGAGUGGUUCCAAGGACCGUGGUGUUCAGUUCUGGGACCCGGUGACUGGAAAUGCCCAGAUGAUGCUUCAAGGCCACAAGAACUCUGUCAUCUCGGUUGCGCCCAGUCCUACUGGCAACCUGUUCGCGACCGGCAGUGGAGACAUGCGUGCACGAAUCUGGAGAUACUCGGCGUACACUGGACGAUGA